AUGGAGUUGGCAUCAGAUCCUAGAGCUGUGGUUGGCUUGUCGAACGCCGCCAAAUUGCAGGCGUCUUCCUGUUCCGCAGAAUACGAAGCGAGCGAUGUAUUAAGACAUUAUAGAGAUUUAAACGCCGACGCAAACAUAUUGUUGCAAUUUGUCUUUGACCUUUGCGAGUCCAGCCGCCAACGCUUUCUUCCUUCGCUCAUGUCCCUGCUCGGGCUGGCGCUGGGCCCGCAAACGGUACCCUCGCAACUAGAUUAUGACGACUUUGACAACUUCCUUGCCGCGCUGAACGCCAUUGACGCGGACCCCACGGGCAAGGGUGAUCUGGCGGCCAGUUUCGCCUCGUUGGCGUCGGAGCUUCCACCGCACUUGUCUCCGCUGCACCCCGGCGCGGACUCGGCCGUCAUAAGGGAGUUCUUGCUCGUUUUGGCGGAUAGAACGGUCUGGUCCCUGGACAUGGGUGGCCAGGUUAACAGCUCGGCGACGAAGCAGUUCUUUGAGCUGGUGAAGAUGCUCGCUUCUUCGGGGGGACCGCCACCACCACCACCACCUGAGACAAACAGCAACAACAGCACCGAACCCGACAAGCCGUCGUCGUAUAUGACCUGGUACCGCGACUGGAUGCCCAAAAGCUGGGGCAGCGAGCGCCCGGCGCCGCUCGACGUCGAAUUGACGCUGAUUCGCUCGCGGUGGCGUUCGCCGCGCCUGUUUGGCAUGCGACUGCUCGGCACGGGCCACGAAAUGCAGCCGCUCAAGACUCUCUUGGACGCAUUCAAGGAGGUGGGAUACCUGGACACGCAAGAGGGCAAGGUAGAGACCCUGAUGAGUCUGGCGGAGGGACAGGGGACUGACCCGUUGCAGCCGUGGGAAUCCAGGCCGCGCGAGGUGGGGUUGGUGGUGGAAGCUAUACGGUAUGCUCUUGCGUUGUCUAGUACGACUACUACUACCACGCCUACAACGACGCCGCCGCCACCACCACCAUCACUCAGAGACGCCCUCACCAAACUCGACCGACUCAAGAUCCUACCCCGCGCGGCGCAAAACAAGGGGAAUAAAGAGCUCCUAGCCUGGUUGCUCGAUGACGCUGACAAGCAAGGAGGAAACCUGCGCGAGGCACUCAACACGGCCAACUAUAUUCAAGGGGAGAGCCCGACGAACCGAAACAAGCGGGUCUGGCUGCGUAACUAUGUGCUGCAUACUGCGAUUCUUUCCGGAGACGCGGAUAUGGUCAAGCUUCUGUUGGAGCGGGGCGCCAAGAUGUUGCGAAACAACGAAGGAAGAACGCCGCUGGCUUUUGCGCGGGUGUUGUUAGGCAGUCGUAUUACCUACCCCGGAAUGAAGGAGAAGGUCGAGGUGUUGGAGGGGUGGUUGAGGGAGAGAGGGUUGGAUAGCGAGUAUUGGGAUGAGCCGGAGGAGUAUGCUUUGGAUGUGUCCGAGGGGUUUGAGUUUCAGAUUCCCAUCCAAGAAUUUUGGUAG